GUCAUCCACUCAAGGAGAGGAAAGAAAUGGCGCGGCGGUCAGGUCCGUCAUGCCCCAACCUGGCCUCCCCCCUCCCAUGUAGUAGUACGUGCGGUGCGGAUCACUUCAACGUGCUUUGACUCGCGGUGCGCCCAUGCUUGAUGCUUCGUCUCCGUUUCCUCCCUCGGAACAGUCAGAGCUGCAUGGCAUGCGAGCGGUCGUACCAGACCGCCGUUCCAUUACCCGGCCGGCGGCUAUAAAUACGGGCGCACGCCGGUCAGCCUAAGCACAGUUCACAAAGCGCAACACAACACAACACAUAGCCACAGAAGAGCAGCUAAGGCACCCGUAAAGAGGAUCUUUGGUUUAGCAGCUCUCCUGUAAGUUCGUACUACCUAGCUGAAGAAGCUCGGGGGCACCGGCCGGUCGGAGGACCCCAGCAUGUCGCCCGUGCACGUCCCGGAGCUCAGCAGCGGCGGGUCGGGGUCGGGGUCGCUCACCCUGAACCCCGUGCAGCGCGCGCUCAGCCGGCUGUCGUCGUCGUCGGCCCUCACGCCCAGGUCGCCCCCGCCGUCCUACGGGAGCAUCGUCACCGUGCUCAGCAUCGACGGCGGCGGCGUCCGCGGCAUAAUCCCCGGAACCAUCCUCGCCUUCCUCGAAGAGAAGCUCCAGGAGCUCGAUGGGCCGGACGUGAGGAUCGCCGACUACUUCGACGUGAUCGCCGGGACAAGCACCGGGGGCCUGGUGACGGCCAUGCUCACGGCGCCCGACGCCAAAGGACGCCCGCUCUUCGCCGCCAAGGACAUCAACAACUUCUACCUGGAGCACUGCCCGAAGAUCUUCCCCGCCGGCUACGGCGGGCCUCUGGGCUUGCUCAGGAGCAUGAGGGGGCCCAAGUACGACGGCCAGUACCUCCACUCCGUCGUCAAAGAGCUGCUCGGCGAGACGCGGGUCGGCGAGGCGCUGCAGAACAUAGUCAUCCCCACCUUCGACAUCAAGCUGCUCCAGCCAACCAUCUUCUCCCGAUACGACGCCCGCAACGACGUCUCCAAGAACGCUCUUCUGUCCGACGUCUGCAUCAGCACGUCGGCGGCGCCUACUUACCUCCCCGGCCACCACUUCGAGACCAAGGACAAGGAUGGCAGGCCCCGGGCCUUCAAUCUCAUCGACGGAGGCGUUGCCGCAAACAAUCCGACAAUGUUGGCCAUGACGGACGUGAGCAAGCAGAUCCUGCUGGGCAACCAGGACUUCUUCCCGAUCAAGCCCGCCGACUACGGCAAAUUCAUGGUGCUCUCCCUCGGCACCGGCUCCGCCAAGGUGGAGGAGAAGUUCGACGCCGCAGCGUGCAGCAAGUGGGGGAUCCUCGGAUGGCUCUACAACCACGGCGCCACGCCGCUCAUCGACAGCUUCAGCCAGGCCAGCGCCGACCUCGUCGACAUCCAGGCGUCCGUGCUCUUCCAGGCGCUGCGCUGCGAGAAGCGCUACCUCCGCAUCCAGGACGACGAGCUUAAAGGCGACACCUCAUCUGUUGACGUGUCCACGCCGGAGAACCUUAACAGGCUCGUCGAGGUCGGCAAGGCGCUGCUCAAGAGGAGCGUGUGCAGGGUGAACGUCGAGACCGGCAAGACCGUGCCCGACGACAAUAGAGGCACCAACGAGGAGGAGCUAAUCGGUUUCGCACAUAUGCUCUCACAGGAGCGCAAGGCCAGGUUGCAGAAGAAGGGAGUCACCAUCACACAGUAAACAUGUGUAGUUCAUAACAUAUAGCUAAACUCAUAUUACGUGUAAGGCAAAUAUAGGAUAAGUCAUUAGACGGUCGAACUUUGGUAGGCUAGAAAUAUUGAACUGCCAAAGCUCACAGACUUAUGCAAGUUUUAGAGGUCCGCAAACAAGUUGUAAAGUGGGAGAAUGAAAUAAAUGGCCAACUGUAUAUUGUGGGCACGACAUGAAAUUUAUCAGCCUA